AGCGCCACGACGAGCGCUCUGUGAAAGGCCUACGCGUACGGCGUACACCUGGCGUUAGUUAAUCCCACUCCACCGUUAAUACAAAACAAGUAAAAUAAUAAUAAAAGUAUAUUCAUUUAAUUCCAUGCGGCCUUCACCUCACCUCCACUCCGUGACGCAUACAUACGUAUGCACAUUUGGCGGUUGAGCGUCGAAAUGCAGUAGAAGAGGAAGCGCUGAAUUCCUGAGGGAUUGGGAUUAGGGUUUCUGCAGUUGGAUUUUGGAGAAUGCCGCUGAGUAGGUACCGGAUACGGGACGAGUACAGCUUGGCUGAUCCCGAGCUGUACAGAGCCGUCGAUAAGGAUGACUCCGGAGCUCUGCUGGAAGGCGUCGCCAUGGCUGGACUUGUAGGCGUUUUGCGCCAGCUCGGGGACUUGGCCGAUUUUGCUGCUGAGAUAUUCCAUGAUUUGCACGAAGAAGUGAUGGUAACUGCUGCUAGAGGCCAUAGUUUGACAGUCAGAGUUCAACAACUUGAGGAAGAACUCCCAUUAAUUGAAAAGGAAUUUCUUUCACGUACCAAUCAAUCCUCAUUCUUCUACAAUGCUGGCACUGGUUGGCACCCUAAUCUGCCUUUGGACCAAAAUAUGGUUACCAGGGGUGAUUUACCCAGACAUGUGAUGGAAUCUUAUGAAGAAUGCAGGGGCCCACCUCGCUUAUUCCUUCUAGACAAAUUUGAUGUUGCUGGUGCUGGAUCUUGUCUAAAGCGUUAUACUGAUCCAUCAUUUUUUAAAAGGGAAGCAUCGUAUAUCAAAAUUUCUAAUAUAGAUGUUCAGAGAGAAACAAAAGCUCGCAAAGCUAAGCAGAAGAAAGGAUCAAGGAGUAAGAAUGGCAAAACCCCUGAAUUGUUACCCACAUCACAUGCCAAACUCCACCAGUUACUCUUAGAGGAGCGCAAUGAAACUGGAGGUAAGGACUCUGAACAUCAUGUGAAAUUGAAGAGAAGGCUGAAUGGAUUUCCAUUUGACUCAAAAACGGAGAAAAGCUACAUGGAGAAGUUACUAGAAACUCCUUCAGUGGGCCAAAAAACUGUUCAUGAAGUCUUUGUUGAUUCAUUGUCUUUGAAAUUACCAUCAAGGGUUGCUUCUGAAACUGGGCUUGAUAUAGUAGAAAAUAGUGCAGCGAAUGUCAAUGAAGAGGUUGCAGUGAGCAUCAAUGAAGAGGUUACAUGGACAAAUAGAAACACAUCCCCAUCUCCAUCUCAAAGUGAAGACACUAUUGCUCCAAUAUCACCCAAUGAUGCUUUAAAUGAGAUUGCAACCUAUGAUGAAUCCUUAGAGAUCUCCAACCAAAGCCUUAGUGUUGAAGCGGGUUGCACGUUGCCUACAUUUCAUAAUGUGUCAACUGAUGGUGAAAUAUCAGUUGAUGGAGAUAGACAAGAUACUACUAGUGGUUACCAAUCUGAUGAUAUUUCAAGUGAUCUAGACGAUUACAUGGAUGCCCCUACCUCCAUGGAAUCAGAAUUGGAUUCAGAAUCUGAAAUGAAUCCCGAUAAAGAUUUGCAUGUGAAAAGCAGUAAGUUUUCAGCUACAAAUGAUGAACGUCUUCAAUCUGAAUCUUCAGAUUCUCUUUCAAUCCGAAACUCCAUGUUAUCUGAUGAUGAGAAUGGUUCAUCCAAGAAAGAAAUAUCCAGCUUUUUCAAUUCUGGUUCUUCUAGCACUUCUCCUGAAAUGGCUCAUUCGGAAGGUGAAGUUGCUUCCAAAGAUUUUGCCAUUACAGGGAGCCGAGUUCAGAUGUGUGAUUCUCAUCUGCAAACUACUGAUGAUGGAUUUUCAUCUGCCCAGCCCUUAGAAGAUGCUUUUGAUAAUGACACUUGUGCUAAGACAGCUGGAAUUAACAGACAGAGUUCUGACUUUGGUGAAACAAUGACCAGGUCAACUAUUCCAGGUUUAGUUUCUAUAUCAGGAUAUGCUGAUGAAGAAGCAAUCGUGAUAAAAGAUGCUUUGACAGAACCAGUGAGAAAUGAAAUAUUUUCUACUCUUGGUGAAUGUGAGAAUGAUUAUGUCUGUGUUGUAGAAAAUGCAGCUAACCCAUCAGCUCCUAGAACUUCGGAAGUUCAAGGAAGGACAGGUGAAGAUCCCCCAACUAGAGUGUCUGAUGAAAACCAAGAUGAAAUUAUCAACAACCAUGCAACUUCAGCAGUAAAUCCCGACAAUGUUUCUUCCAAUGCUGGAGAUGAUAUACCAAUUCCUUUGUCUACUGGUAAUGAACAUGAGUGCAAUUUAGAUGUGGGCCACCUGAAUCCAAGUAACAAUUUGUCCAUCACAUCUAGCAUCUUUAAUCAUCUUUCUCAAAACAGAGAUGAACUAUUUUCUCCUAAAAAUGGCCUUUUAGACAGGCUAAAUGAUAAGGGGCCCAAUUUUGUUGAGAAUUCAACCUGUUUACAUAAGCUUUCUGAUUCUCCCUCUUCAAAUAAAGAUGAUCAUUCUUCAUCAUCCUCUGUUAUUAGUUAUUCCAGUGAUGGUAAAGAUCAGAAUAUCAGUACUGAUGCUUCACUUCAUGUACCAAACACAUUGGAGGUCUCUUUAGAGGAGUGUGCCAAAAAUUCAUUGCAGAUUGUGUCUGAAGAAGAAAGUGCAGAAACUAAUCACAGUGGUGCAUCAUAUGACAUUCCAGUUUGUUCAAAUCUAUCCAUUACACAAGCAGAGAUCGAAAGUGUUGGUUCAAUUUUAGAAAUUGAAACUGAUAAUGCAAGUUUAAAGUAUAAUGAGAGACUCACUAAUGCAAUUCCAAAUGAUGCUGAACAGAGAGAACUUGAUGUAAUCCAUGUGGUAGAUUGUCCUACAAAUCUUGACUAUGUAGAAACACACAUUCCAGCGGAAGAAGAUGCUUUUCUGCCUCAUGAUUGCGGAGAAAAGGGAAUUUCACAGAUUGGACAGGAAUGUCUUGAUGAGGUUCUGAGUGCAAGAACUGGUGAAACAAUGGACCAUAUUGCCUAUGGAUAUCCUGAAUCAGUGAGUGAGGAACCUGCAGUAUUAAAUGCAACAAUGACUGAAGCAUAUCAAUUGAAUGUUGGAGAUGCAACUGGUUCUGUUGAUAGCACUGAUGAUGUUGUUAAGGUUAAUGCAUCUUCAUAUAUGGACAUCAAAAAGUUCCAAGAUGACUCCAUUUCUUGUUCUGGCCAGUUUACUCAAAACAAAUUGCAGAAUGCAAGUUUAUGCUUUCCAGGUAGUCAUAAGGAGUUAGACAAACUAAAUGUUGGCCACCAUGGAAUAACUUCACCAAUUUCAGACUCAGUUUCACACGAUAUUGCUGGCUACAGUCCUCUUCAGUGCAAUGUGCUUCCGUCAGAUCUUGACAAGGUGACCUGUGUAGCUACUGGGCAAAGUGUUUUAGAAAUGGAACCAAUAUCUUCAUCAGGAAAUAAUCUUACCAAUGUCAUCAGAGAAAGAAUACCGUGUGAAAAUCUGGAUAAGGGCAGCUCUGAUGAUGCUUUGUCUUUGCCAACCCAUCACUGCAUAGAAGAAAAUGUUGAGUUAGCACACAUUCAACUUGAUGGGGGCUUGGUAGGUAAAGGUGAAGCCAAUAAUGAGCUGUCACCUUUACAGGAAAGAACACAAGUCUUAGAAAGAACUGUUGCCACUUCUUCUAGAUUAAUGCCAGAGAGUCUUCCAAGUCAGCCUUUGGUGUCAAAGCUGUCUUCACAUGACAACAACAGUUUGGAUCUUGAUAAAGAUCCCCGAAACUCAUUGACUUGUAUGUCUCCUGGCUUUGCACUGCUUCCAGGGAAUAAUCAAAUCAGUCCUGAGGAAAUUCCUCCAUUGCCUCCUCUCCCUCCAGUUCAAUGGAGAUUGGGGAAAGUUCAACUUGCUUCCCCUGCUCUGGAAAGAAACGUAGCACAGCAUGACACAGGGCUCUUGUCUACUUACCAAUCGAAGAUUGAUCAGACAGUUCAACCUCUGGAACAAAUUUUCCCACCAGUCAUAGCAAAGGAAAGCUCCCCUGACUUCUAUGAAUCUGCAGCUUACAAUAUGGAACAUUCUGGUCCACUGUCCUUGCCUGUUUCACAUGCAGUUCUUGAUGAAAACAGUGACGAUAGUUUCAGUUUUCCAACCACAACACAUUCCACAAAUCCUCACCUUUCUUUUUCAGGACCAGUCAGUGACAACCUACAGACUUCUCUUGUCCAAAAGAAAGGAACUCUGGAUCCUCUCUAUUCAAUCCCACAAGUAAUUUCUGUAGACAAAGCCUCUAUGCUUGAUAUUGGAACAUCACCAGAAGAACUCAUCCAACCUGCACAGCAAGCAGCAGAAGAAACAGUUUUAAAGGUUCAAGAGCUUGAAGAGGGGUAUAAAUGUUCAGAAGGAUAUUUGGCAACAAAUGACAGAAUAAGGCUGCAAGAAAGUUCUGAAGAUUCAGGCUCCACUCAUUCAAAGUCUGUAGAGAAAGAAGAGACUCAAUCCCUAGACCAAGUAGCACCAGAGACGAGCUUGAAUGAAUUGAAGCUCCAAAAACAUGACACAAGUUUAGAGGCAAAUUUCAUCACCACUGACGCCAUACCAUCUGCUCUGACAGUAGAAAAUGAAAAGCCUUUGCAUGCUAUUCGUGAUUCAGAGGUGGAGAUUGUGCAGCCAGCUUUGGAAGAUGGAAUAGUAAAUGGAAGCCAGAAAGUGAAACAUCCCGGAGUUCAAAGCCCUUCUAUUGAGACUGUUGCUGCAUUUGACAGAAGCAGACUGAGGAAAGUGACUGAUCAAGUAAAGAACCAGGCAUGGAAGGUAGAUGAAAGAGAUUCACUAUUGGAACUGAUAAGGACCAAGUCCUUCAAUCUGAGACCAACAGCUGCAGCAAGACCUAAUAUUCAGGGUCCUCAAACCAAUCUCAGAGUUGUUGCCAUUUUAGAGAGAGCAAAAACGAUUCGCCAGGCUUUUGCUGGAAGCGACGAAGAUGACAAUGAAGACAGUUGGAGUGAUUCUUGAAAAACUUUACAACGCAAUAGAUUUGAUAUGUGAAUAUUUGUCAUAAAAGCUCUUUCCUUUCCAUGCCAUUAGCCCUUGCUUGUUUGCAUGGUAAUAUUACUAUGUUUUUCUCUCGAUUCAUCACUACCAUUCUCCUUUUCCUUCUCUCCUACUAUGGAUUAAAAUUUUGAGAUUAUAUAUUGCACCCCCAAUUUGUAAUUAGGUAAACUUAUCUUUGUUGCAUGACUCAGAAGUCAGCGUGAAAGCGUCUUGUUGUCAGUAAAAUUUAGGAGAGUCCUAAGCUAGAUUACCAAUUUUUGUGUGUAAAGUUUGUAUUAAAGGCAUGUUGUAUUUAGUAUGUAGAGGUUCUGCUUUUCCUGUCAA